AUGGAAACUGCGAACGACCGUCUCAGCCAGCAUACUAAGACCGCUCUGUCUCACACCCAAUCUGACAACCGAAAGAUUGCCUGGGCUCUUGCAGGAGAGUAUGAGAAUGUUGAAGUAGUGUCUACAUGGCCCGGCGGAGGAAACAGUGAGAUAUCCGAUCUAAACAAGAUCUAUGAGCAGUCUCUGACUUGUUACAGGAACAACUCUAAAGUUCCGACAACAGUAUCCUACGAGAAUCGGGAAUUCCAGUGGGGCUAUCAAACCGGCUUAUCUGGAGACACAAUCCGAGGUGUCAAGCUCCUGCUCGACGAGAGCCAGGAAAGUCGUUACAGCCCAGCUCUCGCGUCAAAAAAGAUUUUGAAGAGGCUGGACAAAGAUGCGGUUGAGGUUUCUGGAGAGUACUUGCGGAAGCUUGUCUCCAAUGUCAAAGAAGUACUGAAACGACGAUUCGGAGAAGCAUUCGGUAGCAUGGAAAUGAGAUUCAUACUCACCGUCCCAGCAGUAUGGUCCGAUAAAGCGAAAGAUGCCACGUGGAAAGCAGCUGUCCGUGCGGGCAUCUCUGCAUCUGAUAUCUCUUUGGUAUCAGAGCCAGAAGCCGCUGCGCUAUACUGCCUCAGAAAGAUUGAGCCAAAUUCAGUAACGGAUCUUAUUUCGUACCGUCUUAAAAGUGUUGAGCCUUUGAACUUGGAGGAAGUGACUGCAGGCGAUAGGGGCAUCUGUGGCUCCAUGCUAUUAGAUGAAAGAUUCGAAGAGUUGCUGGAGCAAUUGUUUGGGCAGACGGCAUAUAUGACUAUGCCUCAAAAAACCAGAGAGGUCGCAAUGAAGUACUGGCAGGACCAUGUCAAACCUAGAUACGUCGGACGACUGGAAGACGAUGGGUUUUCAGACGUUGAUUACUUCGUGCCCAUCCCUGGCGCUAGUGAUAAUCCAGACAUCGACCUAGAAGGCGGGUUCCUUCAGCUCAGCAGGUGA